AUGCAGGCCGAGGCCUGUGCCGCGAUCGUCAGCGUGCCUGGGUCUAGGCUGAGCCUGUCCGCCGAGCACCGUGUGAGGCCGGUAUUUGGUACAAGAGUGUCGAAGGAGAGGAAGGCGGGUCAGGCCGAGGUCCUCCUCGCCCUCCUCAGGCGACAUGCGGCAUGGGUGGGCCUCGCCGCCCCACUCCUGCUCCACCCCUCAGCCCCCGCCGCCGCCUCCUGCCCCGGACCUUGGCAGGGCGGCGGUGUGCCGCCCCCGCACGGCAGCGGCGGCGACCGCAGGCCAGUGCGCGUGCACGGGCCCGAGGAGGUGUUCCAGCUGGCUGCAGGGAACUCCCUCAUGCUCACCAUGGCCUCCUUUGCCGUGACGCGGCGGGCCUACUCCAAGAUCACCCAGAUGUUCAUCAAGCAGUACCGGGAGCAAACGGGCGUGGACGUCCGCUUCCGGCUCAGCUUCGGCGGGUCGGGCACCCAGGCCCGCGCCGUGAUCGACGGCCUGCCCGCCGACAUCGUGGCCCUGGCUCUGCCCCUGGACGUGAUCAAGAUCGCAGAGGCGGGCCUGCUGGACCCCGACUGGGCGCCCAAGUUCCCGCACCAGAGCAUCGUGGUGGAGUCGGUGGUGUCCAUCGUGACGCGGGCGGGCAACCCCAAGAACAUCAGGGGGUGGGACGACCUCAUACGUCCCGACGUGAGCUGCAUCGUGGCCAACGCCAAGACGGCGGGCGUGGCGCGCUGGAUCUUCCUGGCGCUGUGGGGUGUUCGCGCUGCGCGGGGCGAGGCGGCGGCCAUCGACUACGUGACGCGCGUGUACGACCAGGUGGUGAUCCAGCCGCGCGACGCGCGCGAGGCCUCCGACGUCUACUACAAGCAGCGGCGCGGCGACGUGCUGCUGACCUACGAGAACGAGGCGGUGUUCACCAACCUGGUGGUCUCGCCCCACGAGCAGCUGCCCUUCAUCAGCCCCGACAACAACGUCAGGAUCCAGUGCCCCGUGGCGCUGGUGGACCGGAACCUGGACGAGGGCGGGCCCGUGGCGCGGCACGCCGCCACCGCCUUUGUCAACUACCUGUACACCACGGAGGCGCAGCGCCACUUCACGGCCUGCGGCUUCCGGUCCCAGGACCCGGAGCUGGCGGCCGCCACCGACCUGCCGGCGGUCAAGGGCCUCUGGACGGUGGAGAAGGAGUUGGGCACCUGGGCCCAGAUCAUCCAGCGCUUCUUCUCCGACGGGGUCACAUUCAAGGUCAUCCUGACAUCGGAUCCCAAGCUCCCCUACCGGGUGUUCAGCGUGCCCGAGGCAGCUCCAUUCACAGCAGUCCUCCGCUUCGCUGCCGAGGAGUUCAAGGUACCAGCAGCCACCAGCGCCAUCAUCACCAAUGACGGCGUCGGCAUCAAUCCCUCCCAGUCUGCCGGCGACGUGUUUCUGAAGCAUGGCAGCGAGCUCCGCCUCAUCCCACGAGACAGAGUCGGGGCUGCAGACAGGUGUGUAUGCUGA